GAAAGGAAAAACAAAGCUAUUAAUCCACCGAGGAACAUAAUGGUUAUAAAAAUCCAAUUAGGGUUGUGACACUGCACAGCGGAGGAAUGUUGAGCAUAGGUUUUCCUUUUCAAAUACCUUUGAAGCAUUAAUUAACCAAUAUUAGCUUACAAAAAUGUUUGAAAUCCUGUCUGGUGACUAGUUUGUAAAACACUGAAUGGUCAUGUGACAGUCAUGCUGUGCCCCUAACCCGUGCUGACUUCAUAACUUCUGACCAGCAUAUUUUCAUUGAGGUCUAAAUCUGCUGACGGGCAUCAACUAGAUGCACAAAAUGGAGGGAGGAGCCGUUUCAUCUCUAUCAGUAUAAAUUCAGAGACCUGACCAUAGAAGAACUGAAGAAUGUAAAUAAGAUCUACCCAAACUUUCUGUUUUCCAUGGACACUUAUACUUUCAAAGAUGGAUCCCAAAAAGACCUCCUGAAUUUUAGUGGCACUGUUCCAAUAACUUACCAUGGUCGUUCCUAUAACAUACCAGUUCGUCUAUGGAUCUUGGAUUCUCACCCUUUUGCACCACCCAUUUGUUUCUUAAAGCCAACUGUAAACAUGGGAAUUUCUGUGGGAAAACAUGUUGAUGCACAUGGCAGGAUAUAUUUGCCCUACUUACAAAACUGGAGCCACCCAAAAUCAACUGUCAUUGGGUUAAUCAAGGAAAUGACUGCCAAAUUUGAUGAAGAGCUCCCUCUGUAUUCACUGUCAUCAUCUGAUGCAGCCAGGCAGCUGGAACUGUUGUCUUUUAUUGCCAAGUUCAGUGAAGGUGAAACUGAUAUGAAAUCAAAGAGUCAAGUGGAGAAAGAGAAGAAAAAUGAAACUUGUAACAAAGUUACAGUUAUUGGAGCAGGAGAUCUUGGUAUCGCUUGCAUACUAGCAAUUGCAGCAAAAGGUGCUGCAGACCAGGUGGUUCUUUUAGAUCCCUCUGAAGGUGCAGCAAAAGGAGGAAUCAUGGACCUGGAUAUCUUCGAUCUACCAAAUGUAGAGAUUAGCAAAGAUUUUUCUGCUUCUGCUGAUUCCAAAGUGGUGGUGUUUACCGUUAAUUAUCUGGGUAAUGCUCAGUCAUAUCUUGAUGUCAUACAAAGCAAUGUGGAUCUGUUCAGAGGAAUUGUCCCUGCCAUAGCACACCAUAAUCAAAAUAGUGUGCUGCUUGUUGCAUCUCAUCCAGUGGAAAUAAUGACCUAUGUAUCAUGGAAGCUGAGUGCAUUUCCCAAAAGUAGAGUUAUUGGAAUAGGCUGCAACCUGGACACUGAGAGGUUCCAGUAUGUCAUCGCAAACCUGUUGAAAGCUCAGACUUUAGGAAAAGAGGCUUGGAUUAUUGGUGAACAAGGGGAAGGCAAAGUGCCUGCAUGGACUGGUUCUAAUUCAGCAACGUGUCAAACUGCAGCAAAAUCACAUCAUAAUUCAAGGGAACAGUUAGCAAACAGAGCCAUGGAAGUUCUUAAGGGAAAAGGUCAAAGGUCUUGGUCUGUUGCAUUAUCAAUAGCUGACCUGAUUGAAAGUAUAUUGAAAGAUAAAAGAAAAGUUCAUUCCGUAUCCACUCUGGCAAAGGGGUGCUGCAGUAUAAACAGUGAAGUAUUUUUAAGUAUGCCUUGUAUUCUUGGAACCAAUGGUGUGAUUGAAACGAUCAAGCCAGAGAAAGAGGAGCUGGUGGCAGCGAAACUACAAAACAGUGCCUCAUCGAUUCAUGACCUUCAGCAGCAAUUGAAACUUUAAACAUGACAAAGUCCUGACAUCUGCUUAUGACAGCACUGGAUUUGCUAAGGAGAAAGGGUUGCUGUUAAAUCUUUAUAAACAGUACAGUUGUCUGAUUUCCUUUCACAAGUUCGUCAUUCCUACAAAGCUCUUUUUAAUCUCUCUAACACGGCACACCAUGGCCAUAAAGUUAAGAAUUUCUAUUGUGUGUGUUUUCCUAAUCAAAAUGAGGGUAAUAUACAAAAAUGUCUCAUCAAAAUCUAAGCAAUUUUGCCUGCCUUCUUCAUCAUUAACGUAAGAAUCAGGCCUGCCUGGUGCAUAAAUUAAUUGGGGGAUGGGGCUGUGACAUCAACUUAUCCAGCUGCCUAAAUAUUCUUUCAGUAUAUGUGGAGAGCCACCCUCUGCUAACUUUCAGUGUGGAGAGACUGACCACCAUCUCACACCAGCUUUUCACUGCAGUAAGUAAUUGACUGACAGGCACAAUAAAGCCUGCUUAUAAGCAGACACAGUGAAGGUUAAUGCACUUUAUUGUCUUUUAUAUAACCAAAUUCCAUUCCAUCACAUGGCUAUAAAAAUAUAUAUAUUUUAAUGAUACCUCCAAACUUGAACUUCUGGACAUUGCAUAUGAAUGUAAGUUUUUUUUUUGUUCAUCUAAUUGUGCCUGAAACUUUCCCCUAAAGUUACUAUUGUUGCUUUGUAGCAUGUAGCAUUAAAGUAUCCGAAAGUUUAGAACUACCUUUUUAAACACAGCAGGCACUCCAAAAGAUGUGGUAUUAGUUCAAAUACUCUUUGGAGUGUAGAGAUGUUUGUGACAGGAUAAUAAUGAACUGUAUUAUCUGACUAUGAUGUCACUGAGCUUUAGAUAAGAUUUCUAAGAAUAAGAUGUAUGGGGCAGAAAGCUAAUUCUCCAUAGGGAGACACCUAUAAACAAAAGUGGUUGAGGUUUGUUGUAAAAGGAUGUUCUGAUUUUAAAAUAAACCAUUUGGGACAAAUUACUUUUCUCCUGUUAAACUAGGUACCUGUCUAAAAGAAAGACCUCUGUAUUAAAGUAUUAAUGAUACCAAGCAUAAGGGAGAAAUGUGGGCUUUGCUCUUGCUUUUAGGAUUUAAGAAUUGGACUCGACAGUUAAGAGUUGAAAUGGAUGAAAUUUUGUCAGCAAAGAUACAAUGUAUGAAUGCUUUAAGUGAAACUCUACUAGCUUGUUCCUUGCAAAGAUGCUGUCUUGCAAUGGCUGAGUACCCUCAGCUCCCAUUUGAAAGUCAUUUUGCACAACUGAUGUGAGUUGUAAAAUUCUGUUGAUUCCUGUGAGAGCAGGAUUGAGCCCUUUCUUUGGUCUUAGUGGGAGAUGUGGUAUGCUGAGUUCUCAGAAUUGUGAGCAAAAGAGAACACCAUUUUUCUCAAUUGCACAGUGAAUGAGAAUUCUGUUUAUUUUGAUCAAUGCUAUAUCUUAAGCAGGUUGUCAUAUAAACUUAACUGGUUUGUCUGGUUGUAAAAAAAUAGCUGGACUAUUUUACUUUUGAAAAAUCUUAAGUGAGCAAUAAAUGAAUUUUUCUUAGGGUGUUUUGCAUUGCAAUAUGUUGUAGAGGGUUUUGAGGCUGGAGUGAUGCACUACAUUUAAUAUUGUAGCUUAUUUUAUUAAACAUUGCAGUAGUUUUUUAUUUUGGGUUGGUUGUUUUUUUAAGAUAACAGUACAUGUAUCAUAACAUUAUUAGUAAGCUCCCACAGUUAUUUUAAAAUACCAUUCUUUAGUCCCAUUGGAGUUCUUAUUUAAAAAUGACCAAAGUAUCACAGCUUUAAAAAUGGCAUUUGUUUGUCAGAGGAAGGAUAGUUUCAAAAUGCCUUUUUGUCUAUAAAAAAAAAAAAAAAAAGGUUACCUGUUCUUCAGAAACACUAUGUAAAGUUUAUCUUAAAUGCACAUAGUAUUGCUAAAAUGAUGUGUUCUGUUAGACAGCGGUUUGCAGAAGACCAAAGGAUUGGUGUGUUGCUGUAAAAUUCUAAUGUUGGUAUUUCUGUUCAAGUAGAUAGUCGUGCAAUUCAUAUGUUCAACUGCUUUCCCCAAAUACAGUUUUUAAAUCACGGUUUAUAUAUCUUGUUCUCCGAGUCUACCAAUUUUUUUUGUGGUUUUAAAUGAAAUGUUUAUGAAAAGGGAGUCCUUCUUGGAAAAGUGACUCAAAAGUGUAAUAGACCUGCCUACAGGAAGACUUUCAUUCAAGUGGGUGCAUUGAGCAUUCUCAAUUAAAACAGCAUGUGGUGCACCAACAUGACCGUAUUCUUCUGGAAGGUAUUAUUUGUUCAUAUUAAUAAUCCUAAAUCAGCAGAACAUGUGAUUUGUACUUAGGUUCUUUUACUUUACCUUUGUGGUUAAUGAUCAUGUCUGGCUGCUUACAUUGUACGUGGAACACUUGCAAGAAAAAAUGUUUGGCAGAGUGCUGACCAAUAGCAAUAAAGGAUACGUGCUUUGCUGA